AUGCUCACAGGUUUAGGUCGCAGAUUUUUUCGAAGGUCUUUGAUUCUAAACAGACUAGAAACCUUCAUGAUUCCUCAGCCUGGCGAAGGCAUUGCUGAGGUUGAAAUCCAGCACUGGCUUAUAAAACCUGGAGAGGCAGUCAAAGAAUUCCAAGUUUUGUGUGAAGCAAGAAGUGACAAAGGAUUUAUUGAAUAUAAAAGCCCUUUUGAUGGGACAAUUAAGGAGUAUUUUUUCAAUGCAAACCAAAUGGCACCGAUUGGGUCACCUUUAUUUAAAAUAGAAAUUGAUGAUGGGAAAUAUCCAAUUAAAGGACAAGCAAAAAAAGUGGAAGAAAGUAGUGGGGAAGCUGCUAACGAAAACGUGGCAAAAGAAUCGGGCAGCAAAGCUUCGAAAAUACUAGCAACUCCAUCUGUGAGGCAUCUUGCGAAGCAAAAAGGAAUUGAUAUAUCAACUAUACCGUCAACUGGAAGAGAUGGGAGAGUUCUCAAAGAAGAUUUAUUAAGAUAUUUACUCCUCCUAUAAAAAUUUUUGUUUUUAUUUUUUUAAUAUUGUUUAUCAUUUUUUUAUUUUUUAUAAAUCCAAAAUUUAGAAGAACCUUCCCAUGUAAGCCCACCAGUAAGACCUCAAAUUGCAGUCGAAGCCCAAGAUAAAGUAUCAAAACUCUCUGGUCUCCAAAAAGGCAUGUGCAAAACAAUGACAGAAGCUUUACUAUUUCCUCAUUUAACUUAUUGUGAGGACGUUUAUAUGGACACACUAAUAGAGCUCAGAAAAAUGAUAAAAACGACCCUGACUGAUGUGAAGCUCACAUUUAUGCCAUUCUUCAUAAAAGCUUUAUCUCUUGCAAUCUACGAUUUUCCAAUAGUAAACGCCAGCUUUAUUAAUAAUAACACUGAGUUUGUUAUGAAAGCUUCUCAUAAUGUAAGCGUCGCAAUGGACAGCAGAGCAGGACUGCUUGUCCCGAAUAUUAAAAAUUGCCAGAAUUUGUCAAUCUAUGAAAUUGCAGUAGAAAUGGCAAGACUGCAGGACUUAGGGACAAAAGGAAAAAUUGGGCAAAGCGAUUUGGAAGGAGGGACUAUUUGUUUAUCAAAUAUUGGGUCAAUUGGUGGGACUUAUACAGCUCCAGUAAUUUUGCCUCCUCAAGUAUUAAUUGGAGGCUUAGGAGCUACAGCUUAUUGGAAAAAUCCAGGAUAUUCCUAUAAAAUUAUUUUUUUAUUUUUAAAUAAAAUAGGAUUUAUUUUAUAGUCUAAUAGUGUCAGUCUUAAUCGAUGAAGUAUAUUAGACCUCGACUUGAGAAAAAGAAAGGAGAAAUCGUUGAAAGACAAGUUUUAGGCUCUUCCUGGUCAGCUGAUCAUAGACUGCUAGAUGGCGCAACUGUAGCAAAGUUUGUCGCAAGAUGGAAAGAACUUUUAGAAAAUCCUUCAUUGAUGCUCUUGCAUCUUAAAUAA